CUGAGGAGAGCUGCGCGCUGCUGGUGCUGCUGCUGCUGCUGCCGCCACUGCCGUCAGUCAGCCUGCGCCCGAUUCUUCGUCGCCUCCUCCCUGGGACCGAUCGCCACUUCUAGACCCUGCUGCGGGCUUGGAUCUAACUGGGAAAAUGUCGGAUGAAUUUGAGUUGGCAGAUGCGCUACCCGAACACUCCCCUGCCAAAACUUCUGCUGUGAGCAAUACAAAACCUGGCCAACCUCCUCAAGGCUGGCCAAGUUCCAACCCUUGGAAUAACCCAAGUGCUCCACCUUCUGUGCCAUCUGGACUCCCACCAAGUGCAACACCCUCCACUGUGCCUUUUGGACCAGCACCAACAGGAAUGUAUCCCUCUGUGCCUCCCAGCGGACCACCUCCAGGACCCCCAGCACCUUUUCCUCCUUCUGGACCAUCAUGCCCCCCACCUGGUGGUCCUUAUCCAGCCCCAACUGUGCCAGGUCCUGGCCCCACAGGGCCAUAUCCUACACCAAAUAUGCCCUUCCCAGAGCUACGUAGACCAUAUGGUGCACCCACAGAUCCAACUACAGCUGGUCCUUUAGGUCCAUGGGGAUCCAUGUCUUCUGGACCUUGGGCACCAGGAAUGGGAGGGCAGUAUCCUACCCCUAAUAUGCCAUAUCCAUCUCCAGGGCCAUAUCCCGCUCCACCUCCUCCCCAAGCACCAGGAGCAGCACCACUUGUUCCGUGGGGCACUGUUCCACCGGGAGCCUGGGGACCACCAGCACCAUAUCCUGCCCCUGCAGGAUCAUAUCCCACACCAGGACUCUAUCCUACUCCCAGUAAUCCUUUCCAAGUGCCUUCAGGACCUUCUGGUGCUCCACCGAUGCCUGGUGGCCCCCACUCUUACCAUUAAGUUAACAAUGGACGAAGAGAUGACACUUUGCUUAUUGAAGUACAUAUAUAUGCACAUGAAUGCAUAUAUAAGAAUUGCUGGUUUCACUAUUCUUAGAGGGCAUUCAUGAAAGAACAACUCUUGCACCUCUCAGAGAAGAUAACUGCCUCUUGUACUUGGAUGUGUAGUACAUCAGAUGGAUACAAUCAGAUGAAAACAGAAGUAAAUCA